AUGGCCUCCCUCGACUUCUCCUCUCCCGCUUCCAUCCCCGACAUGCCCGCGCCGCCGCCUUCCCCAUGCCACUUUGACAGGUUGCCGACCGAGCUGCUCAAGCACAUCGUAUUGAUGGUCGCCUUCCAGGACAAGUGCUUCAGGAAGGACAGCAUUGCCCGCUCGGCGUCAUUGCCGACUUCGAGGAGAGUGCGUUAUCACGGCGAGAGCGACGACGAGAACGAAGAGGUGCGCGCCGACCCGGGCACCGUCAGCUGGUGGUACGGCCGCGGCGUCAACGCCCUCUCGAUCCAGAACAAGCGAUUGCGCGAGCUUUGUCUUCCGCUUCUCUGCCCGGUCGCCAAGCCUUCGUACUUCUCGAAGCCUAUCUUCCGCUUCGGCCGCAUUACGCAAGCCAUGCUCGACGGGAUCAAGCGACUCGACCUGCGCGAGACCGGCGAGACCGACUUCUUCGCAGCUGCCGAGCGUCUGCCCCAGCUCGCCAACCUCUCGCAACUCGACGUCCCGGCGAUGCUGCCAAUCUCGCCCGACUACGCGCAACACUAUGGGUCCACCGCCGAUUUGUGCGCCGCGCGCCAACUCGCGCAAGAGGCUUUCGAGGCCAACCGCCCGCGCAUCAAAGUCCUGAUAAUCCGCAGUUACAACAAGCUCGUCACGCCCGUUACGGCUUGGCUCUCGAUCUUCUCGCACCCGGGGUCGCUCGUUCGCCUCAAGGGCAUUGAUUGCGGGACAACCAUGUACCGAUGGAGCGUCAGACCGGCGGAAGGGCUCGCGCAGAUUGCGCGCAAGUUCACGAGCUUGACCUCGCUGAAUUUGGUUGACUCAUCAAGCGCUGAGAUUACCUGGUUUGCUGAUAUCGACGACUGGGUGCCGGAGCUGCAGUUCCCAGCGCUGCGCACCUUCAAAGUUAGCGCUCGCUCGAUCAAGGUCUUCGAUUUCGCCAGGAAGGCCAUGCCGCAGCUGAUACAUCUCGCAAUCUACACGGCGCACGACGUCAACUUCGGGGACAUCCAAGCGGACUCUACUUUCAAUCUGCCGGAGCUCAAGUACCUCGACCUUGUGGGCCCUUUGCAGAUCAUGCGCAUUCUUCCGCACCUUCAGCUUCCGCAACUCGGCGCGGUCUCUUUCUUCAUCAUCUCAACGACACAGGCGGUUGUCGACUUGGCCGAGACGCUGCCACCCGGCCCCGGCCUCCCGAAAGACGCGGAGCUCUGCCUCGUCCUACCCUCGCACUUCGCCACAAAGAACGAGGACAAGCUGCAACAAUGGUGCGACAAGCACGAUGUCUCCCUCGAGGUGGAGCGGCCGCAGCACAUCGACCUUCUCGUCGGCAACACCCCUCGGGCGAGGGUCCCGAAGCCUCCCGCAGCCUUGAUGGACUCGAUCCGCGCGAGUGUCGACUGGACGACCCGUUACAGCGAGCAGCUCCUGCAGUUUGGCGACGAGGCGGGCCUGCGCGAGAUCCUCGACUUCCUCAAGCCGCUCCGUCAGAAGGAGAGGAUUCAGGGACAUGUGACUUUUGUCGGUUCCUCUCGCGGUCGCAAUGCAUGGUUCGUCUGA